GCUCUGGCCGGCGGUCGGUGGUGGAGGCGCGCGGCAGGCGCCGCUCUGGCCGGCGGACUCGGUGGUGCGGAGUCCCGGAAGCGGCGUUCGCCGAGGCCGGGCGCGGAAUGGCGGAGAGUCCGGCGGCCGAGGAGGCGGCCCCGGCCCCGGCUCCGGCUCCGGCCGCGGUGCUGCCGGCGGCGGCGGGCAGCGGCGGGGCCUCCUCCGGCGGCGCGGGCAGCCCCGGCGUCUUCAUCCCCGCCGAGCUGUGGGCGGCGGCGGGGUUCGGCGCUGCCACAACGGGCGGUGUCGCCGCCCCGGGGAGCGGCGGGGCCCCCAUCGCGGCGGCGGCGGCGGCCGCGGGGGCCGCGCUCCUCACGCACUCCGCCUUCUGGGACCCUACGGUUAGCGGCGACUGGGACAGCGAGCGGCCCAGCGCGGCCUGCCUCCUGCGGAUCAAACGGGAUAUCAUGUCCAUUUACAAGGAACCACCGCCGGGAAUGUUUGUUGUGCCUGAUCCUCACGACAUGACCAAGAUUCAUGCAUUGAUCACAGGCCCAUUUGACACGCCUUAUGAAGGGGGUUUCUUCUUGUUCCUGUUUCGCUGUCCUCCAGAUUAUCCCAUCCACCCACCAAGGGUCAAACUGAUGACAACGGGAAAUAACACAGUGAGGUUUAACCCCAACUUCUACCGCAAUGGGAAAGUCUGCCUGAGUAUUCUAGGCACUUGGACCGGGCCUGCAUGGAGCCCAGCACAGUGUAUCUCUUCAGUCCUCAUCUCCAUCCAGUCUCUGAUGACUGAGAACCCUUAUCACAACGAGCCCGGCUUUGAGCAGGAGAGACACCCCGGGGACAGCAAGAACUACAACGAGUGCAUUCGGCACGAGACCAUCCGAGUAGCAGUGUGUGACAUGCUGGAAGGAAAGUGUCCCUGUCCUGAGCCACUACGGGGUGUAAUGGAGAAAUCCUUCAUGGAAUACUACGACUUCUAUGAAGGGGUGUGUAAAGAGAGACUUUAUCUCCAAGGACAGACAAUGCAGGACCCUUUUGGUGAGAAACGAGGCCACUUUGACUAUCAGUCCCUAUUAGUGCGUUUGCAAGGAAUUCGGCAGAAGGUGCACGAGAAACACCAGCAGGAGAAUACAGAAAUAGACUCUGAGAGCAGCUCCUCCGAGACAGAGACAGACACUCAAGGCUGCUCUAAAGCUUAGAGCUGCGUUAACGGUGGAGAGGCCAAGCCAUGGGGAUGUUCUGUCUUCACACUCGAGAGUACCCCUGACAGACUUGACAACCAAACCAGCGCCAGAGCGGGGAAAACUGUGGGAUAUCUUCAGUCUCCUUUUACUGCUCUGGUGGAGAACGCUGAAUGAGAAGACUUCAUGCUAGACAAAGCCAAGCUUGUGACAGGCUACUCGUAAAGGUACUUACUAUGCUAGGAAGCCAGAGCAUGUGGCAUCAGGUUAUUUUUUGGAAAAACACCUACACUGGUUGUUUAAUUAUUAUUAUUAUUAUUUUUUUUCCUCUCCAUUUGAUUAAAGAAUGAGAUCUAGACUGCAAAUCCUCUUUACAGCUUUUCUGUUCCUAGACAGUGAGCCCUUCCCUGGGGCCGUGCUGAACGUGGAGCUGUAGCUGUGGGAGUGCUUUGAUGAGUCCAGGGUAUGACAGGGCCCACGCGCCGUGUUGUGCAGGUUGGGAGCCUCUCUGCUCUGUGGAGCCCAGCUACCUGAUGUCUUUCUUCUAGACACUGUUCUAGACAGACCAAAGAUAAAGAGCAGUGGUGGAAUCUGGGCUCCUUUCUGAAAGCUUUACUCAAGCCCUGGGUGGACUUCAUCCACCGAGACUUCAGGGCGCAAAGGGGCGGAUGAAAAGUGGAAACUGCAAGAAUCCAUAUAUCGAGUGCAGGUGUGUUCAUCCGGGUGUUUUGGGGAAGGGAGGGUGAGGAAAUCAUUGCUCAGAGAUGGGAGGAGCACUUAAGAAGUCCAGUUUGUGUAUUGUUUUCUUAAGGUGUUGAUUUGGAUUUAGCGUUCUAGAGAUACUUGAUUCCGGCUGCUCUGAGGGGAAUUCCUGUUCUGUUUCCUUCACUGAAGUACUCUGCUUCCUACCUGUAGUGAGUGUCAUGGUUUAUUUUCCUCUGUUCUUCCUCCUGCCACCACUCCCCUGCUGCUACCUUGAUCCAUGCUAGAAUAAGGGGCAAUUCUAGCCAAGGAAGCCACUGUUUCUGGGUGGACUUUGUCAGAGGCAUACGCCUUGUUACCAACAAAUCCCUUUGCCAAACCUGGCCGAGCACAAGCCAGCUGAGUGGGUGAAGUUGAACACUUCAGUGUAUUUGACGAUUUUAAACAGCAGCUUUUUACUGUGAGCAAAGGUCACCCUCUUGGAGAGGUGUCUGCUGUCUGCAAGUGCCAUUACAUCAAAGAUGUAUUCCUUGGGUGAAGGUGAAGUACCCAUUUCUCCAGGUACACGAGCCUGGUGACGAUGGAUUGGAGCAGUUGAAUAUUUUGUUGAUAAAGAGCUCAAUCUACUUGUUUUUGUUGUUAAUGAUUCUUUUGAUGGGAGCUUUGAUAGAAAGCUAAGCACAAAGUUGCACAUUGUCCCAGGCCCUCUCCCACUUUACUUAAACACCUUCCCACCAGCUGGGCCCCGUUUCAGGCUCCUGAUGGUGGUGGGAGAACUUCCAGUGGUCAUCUUUGGUCUAAAAGAAGUGCAGAAAGAGGGGCUCAAGGACCCCCUGUUGUGUUCUGUGCAGAAAAGCAAUGCCCAUGUGUCACUGAAUUCUUCUCAGUCUCUGGUUUCUAUAACUCUUGCAGAACUCAGAAGCCUGCACACUGCUGCUUCCGCAGCUCUGAGAGGUGGAAACA